AUGGAGAUGUCCCAUAUUCUGUCUCCACAUUACCAUGUGAUCAAGGAGCUGGGUCAUGGAACUUUCGGCAAAGUCCUACUAGCAAAAGAACUAGACACAGGUAAAUCUGUUGCACUUAAAAUUCUGAGGAAGGACAGAACUAUUCCCAAAAUGUUCUUCCAGGAACUGAGCAUCUCCCUAGAUCUGUCAGAUUACCCGGGUAUCAUCACCACCCAUAACUCCUACAUAGAAACAUCUGAGCACUACAUCUUUACCCAGGAACUGGCAAUAGCUGGCACUUUACAAUCCAUCAUUGAGGCUGAGGUUGGGAUUCCAGAAGAGAUGGUAAAGCGUUGUACCCUACAACUUACUGGGGCCCUAGAAUACAUGCACAGUCGGGGUCUGGUGCAUAGAGACCUUAAGCCUGACAAUGUGCUGCUGAUGGACAAGGAAUGUUAUCAAAUUAAACUAAGUGACUUUGGUCUCACCCAACAUGCUGGCACUCUUAUAUCGUCUAUGUCUCAUAUAAUCCCGUACAUGUCUCCAGAGCUGUGUGCCCUCACGCCCAAUGAGUACCUUCUCCUGGAUACGUCUAUUGACAUUUGGGCAAUGGGAGUUCUCCUUUAUGUCAUUCUCACGGGGUGUUUUCCCUGGAAAGAAGCUGCAGAACAUGAUCCAAACUAUCAGAUGUUUGCCAGUUGGCAAGACAACCGACAUGAUAGCUCUGUAUCUGCUUCAUGGGGGAAAUUCACCAUAGAGGCUCAGGAUAUGUUUUGCAAGUUGCUUCAUCAGGAUCCAUCAUCUAGAAGCCCAGUGGGUGUUAUCUUUGACUAUAUGCACUUUCCUUGGAAUAAUAUUGACGUGUGCAUGGAGAUAAUUGUGGUGAUGGAGGAGCAGGAAAAUAGAGGCAUUGAAGUCACUGAAGAGAAGCAGGUGGUUGUUGUUGAAGGAAUGAGUGAUAUUGAAUUUGUGUUUUUAGAUGUCACAGAAGAGAUUCCAGUUUCCACUCACCCAAUAUUUAUGUUUCUUACAGAAACCUCCAUGAGUCUGGGGGCAGAGGUUGAGAUCAUGUAA